CUAGUUUCUGACCAAUGGGAAGGUGGUUUGGUUGAUAUUUGUCCGUAUUUGAUGACGUAAUUUUUGUUCACAAAACAGCGCGUGAACAUGCUUUUUUACUCCUUCUUCAAGUCCUUGGUGGGUAAAGACGUGGUGGUGGAGUUAAAAAAUGACUUAAGCAUAUGCGGAACCCUACACUCAGUAGAUCAGUAUCUGAACAUCAAACUCACAGAUAUAAGUGUCACCGACCCUGAAAAGUAUCCUCACAUGUUGUCCGUGAAGAACUGCUUCAUCCGGGGGUCAGUGGUGCGGUACGUUCAGCUCCCGGCUGACGAGGUGGACACACAGCUACUACAGGAUGCAGCACGCAAAGAAGCCAUGCAACAGAAACAAUGAUUUAUCUGGUUUUGUUCUUUUUCUUUUUGGUGGACUUGUAAAAAUUGAACAGCAUUGGAUUACCUUUUUUUUUUUUUUUUUUUUUUAAAGCCCAAAUUGUGUACAAUUUUCUUGAUCUAAGGAAUGCUGUAUGUUUUUCAGUACAUGUUAACUUAAUAAGUGACAGAUACUGACAAUGAGGUUUCCAUCCUUACACUUUAGGUUUUAUUAAUGUUCUUGAAAUACACAUGGGGUUACCUGGGUUGUGACUUUUUGAUUAUUGUAGUGUUUAGCCCAUAAAUGCAGAAUGUUUUUUUUUUUUUUUAAUCAGAAAACAAGAACCCCAGAAUGAUUAUUCAUAUUCAGACACAGUAGUGUCCCACUUCUGUUUUGUUGACAUGACAAUAAACCUGAUAUAACAUUGAA